AUGGAACUCAAAAUACUCACAUCCCUAGCACGAGGCCAGGCUGGAAUCCUGCACCAUAUUACCUCCACCCUCGUCUCCUUCGAAUACACCAAUGGCAGUCCCCGCAAACCCCACACACUCGUCUUCGUCGGCGGGCUAGGUGACGGUCUUGGCUCAGUCGAAUAUCUCAGUGACAUCGUGCGGGCCCUCGAGUCUACCGAAUGGACCGUGUUCAACUUGGUCCUCUCCUGCUCGUACGGAGGUUGGGGCAUGGGCAGACUUGGUACCGACAUUGACGAAAUUGCGCAGACGGUGGAAUACAUCCGCGAAUAUAAAGAGCCUCACUAUGGGGCUGGCAAGGUCGUCAUUAUGGGCCACUCGACAGGCAGCCAAGACGUGAUGCACUAUAUCAACUGCCCGAACCCUCGACCGGCGCACCCUGUCUUGGACAAAUGCUGGGAGCCGAUUCUACGAACGCCAGUGGACGGGGCAAUCAUGCAAGCACCUGUGUCGGAUCGCGAGGGAAUUCUGUGGGUUGUUAAGUGCGGCACAGCUAGGGAUAGCCCUGCCGCGAUGCAGGAGUUGUAUGACAAGGCCGUCGCAGACGCGAAGCGACACACAUAUGAGACUAAAGAGUCUGUGGACACUGUUGUACCUCUUUCAGUGACCAGCCGCAUUGGAUACCCGUCAACAGCACCAGUCAGCAGUCGACGAUUCCUAAGCCUGGUCAGCCCCGACAGCCCCGAGAAGCCGUCGGAAGAUGACCUGUUCAGUUCAGAUUUGAGCGACGCACGUUUGAAUCAAACGUUUGGGAUGGUGGGGACGCGGAGAUUAUUGAAGCAAAAGCUGUUGGUGUUGUACUCUGGUCGUGAUCAGUCUGUGCCUCAUUGGGUGGAUAAGGAAGCACUUCUCCGGCGAUGGCAGAAAGCUAUUGAUGCUGGUGGGCGUCAGUUCUGGGAUCAUAGAAGCAUGGUCAUUCCAGGUGCUUCUCAUGCACUUAGUGAUCCCGACCAAGCGGAGCCUAGGCGGAUUCUGGUUGAAAGGGUGACCGCAUAUCUGAACGAUAUUCAAAAAGCGUGA